AUGGCGGGGGAGGACCACCAGUGGCAGGAGGGCAGCAUUCUCUACAACAUACUCAUGAGCGCGAAGCAAACGCACGCGGCUCCGGAACCAUCGGAGGCGCCCAAGGCGAGGCUGGGGGGCGUGUGCUGUGGCUGUUCUUGCGGCGCGGAGCCCCCGGUGGGCAGAGAGGGGCUGACGGGUGGGAGGGCAGGGGCGCUUCUAUACCGCUGCUGCUGUUGUGGUGAAGAACACCAGCGGCAGGGCAGCAUCCUCUACAAUAUCCUUACGAGCGCAAAGCAAAUGCAAGAGGCUCCCAAGGCGCCAGAGGCGCGGCUGGGGAACGCGUGCUGGGGCUGCUCCUGCGGCGCUGAGCCCCCUGUGGGCAGAGAGGGACUGCCAGGUGGGCAGGCCACGGCUUUCCUGUACCGCUGCUGCUUUUGCGGUGAAGACCACCCACGACAGGGCAGCAUCCUUUACAGCUUGCUCACAAGCGCAAAGCAAACACACGUGGCUCCGGAAGCUCCCGAGACUCGGCGGGGAGGCGGGUUGUGGGACCGCUCCUACUGUGCACAGAAGCUGUGGGGCAGAGAGGAGCUGCGGGGCGAGAGGGCAGUGGAGCUCCUGUAUCGCUGCUGCCUUUGCGGUGAAGACCACCUGCGGCAGGGCAGCAUUAUCUACAACAUGCCCACGAGCGCAAAACAAACGCACGCGGCUCCAGAGGUGCAGCCGGGGGCCCCCUGGUGGAACCCCUCAUGUGGCGCGCAGCGGCUGGUGGUCCUCAAGAGUCCACAGGUGGUCUGCGAGGCAGCCUCGGCGGGCCUGUUGAAGACACUGCGCUUUGUCAAGUACUUACCCUGUUUCCAGGUGCUGCCCCUGGACCAGCAGCUGGUGCUGGUGCGCAGCUGCUGGGCGCCGUUGCUCUUGCUCGAGUUGGCCCAGGACCGCUUGAACUUCGAGAUAGUGGAGACCUGGGAGCCCACCUUGCUGCAGAGGAUCCUCACCAGCAGGCGGCGGGAGACCGCAGGCAACGAGCCGCCGCCUCUCCCCACGCUGCAGCCACACUUGGUACAGCCAACAGAGGCCCGGCAUUUGCCGUCGGCCGCAGAAGUCCAAGCCAUCAAGGGUUUCCUUGCCAAAUGCUGGAGCCUGGAGAUCAGUACCAAGGAGUACGCCUACCUCAAAGGAACCGUGCUCUUUAACCCCGACCUGCCAGGCCUGCAGUGUGUGAAUUACAUUCAGGGACUUCAGCAGGGAACUCAGCAGAUCCUCAGCGAACACAUCAGGAUGACGCACAGGGGGCACCAGGCCAGAUUCGCUGAACUGAAUAGUGCCCUUUUUCUACUGAGAUUUAUCAAUGCCAGUGUUGUUGCUGAACUAUUCUUUAGGCCCGUCAUUGGCACAGUCAGCAUGGAUGAUAUGAUGCUGGAAAUGCUCUGUGAGAAAUUAUAA